CGAUGAUGGGGCGGGGAACGUAUAUAACCAUUCAACCCCGACUCGUUCUCGACGCUUUCCCCCUUUCACUCACAUCCUCUCUCUUCUUCUUCUCUUCUCUCCAUCAAAGACUGGUUCGGCCUCUUCUCCCUAUCACUUCGUCGUAUUCAUUCGACACCACUCCACUCCCUUCACUUUCCUCACGCCCGACUGGAUCCGACGCCCACCUACCACCGUAUCUUUCCCAUCACACCUCGAUAGACUCGAUCAUCUCCUCUCAUCUCUCACCUAGUCCUACGUCAAUCCUCAACCCUCUAAACGAAUCACGACAAAGAUGCCCUCCAUCAAAGCACUUAUCACCGUCGCCCUCCUCGGAGCUUCCUCGGUCACCGCCACCUGGGGCAAAUUCCAUCAACCCGUAAACUGGGGCUGUGGAAACUCGAAAGCCCCGCAGAAGGAACGAGACGAUUGUAGUUCCCGAGGAUCGUUCUUCACUUACAUCGGCGGAAAGGGAAAGGCCGUUUGCUGUAGCGAAAAGACCAAGACGCCCCCCCGUGACAUCGACUGCCCGAUCGGCUGGUACAUGCACAAAUGGGAAAAAUGCUGUAUUCCCCCGAAAGAGGUCAACGAGUGCGACUGUGGAGAAGGUUUCACGUGGAACUCGAACUUGAACAAGUGCACGAAGAACAAGCAACAUUGCAAGCCUAGCGAGUGGUGGCACGAGAGGUCCAAGGAGUGUGUACCGAACACUCCUUCGAAGGGAGAUUGUCCUAAGGGCAAGACCUGUCCCAAAGGAUGGUACUGGUGCAAGUGGACCAAGAAGUGCCGGCCCGAGACUCCUCACACCCCUGCUCCCGAUUGCGACGACUGGAACGACAACACCCAAUGCUGUGAACCCCCCGCUACUCCCUCUGGUAACCCUAAGCCUCCUCACGGCCAGCCUCCUAAGGACGACAAGCCCAAGCCUAAGCCUCCUCAUGGUCAACCUCCCAAGGACGAGAAGCCCAAGCCUAAGCCUCAGCCUGGACACGGCCACGACAAGGACAAGAAGGACGACAAGCACGGUUACAACAACGGUCAUCACUGGAAGAGGACCGUUGAGGAACGUGUUCAGGCUGCCGUCAAGCUGAGGACUGAGCAGGAGCAGCUUGAGAUCCAGCAGGAAGAGUUGAACGCUAUGUACUGUCCCGGAAGGUUGCAAGCUUGUUCGGUCAACGGCACCGCCUCCUUGGACCACUCGUGGUCUUACGAAUGUAUCGAUACUCAGUCCGAGCUCGAGAGCUGUGGUGGAUGCGCUUCGACUGGCGAGGGUGUCGACUGUACCGCUCUUCCCGGUGUCAGGGCCGUCACCUGCAAUGCCGGACAAUGCGAAGCAUACAACUGCGCCACCGGUUUUAAGCUGGUCGACAGCGUCUGCGUGGCUCUAUGA